CUAUAUAGGAACAGCUAUUUCUCAGCGAGGUCCUCCGGACUGCCAUCUAUCCCAUAACUUCAUCAUCUUGUCCGCUACCAAGCGUUCGAAGUGAUGGACCCGCCCGCCACUCUCAAUCCUGCUGAGGUCGCUGUUAACCUCAUCCAGCAAGCCGUUAGCAAACAUAACACUCGUCAUGACAAGACGUUCUUCAAAGCAGUUCUCGCUGGCGUCAUGCUUUCGUUCGGUGGUCUCUUUGACCUUAUAAUGACGGGCGGUUCACCUUCGUUGACCACUUCUAACCCGGGAAUUGUCAAGGUCCUGGGUGGUUUCCUUUUCCCGGUUGGUCUCGUCAUGAUUGUCCUCCAGGGUCUUGAUCUCCUGACCAGCAACAUGAUGAUUUUCCCCAUGGCCGUUCUGAAGGGUGCACUGCCCUGGUGGAGCAUACCCGUCAAUUGGAUCAUUGUUACUUUCGGAAACCUUGUUGGAAGUCUUUUUUUUGCUGCCGUCCUUGCUAAAUAUGACGGUCUGGUCGUUGAUGAUCCCUAUGCUACCUACAUCAGGAACUUCGCUGUCACCAAAGCUGUGACCCCCGCGUGGUACCAGAUAUUCCUUAGGGGAAUCGGCUGUAACUGGCUGGUUUGCAUUGCUGUUUGGCAAGCAACAGGUGCCAGGGACACCAUCUCGAAAAUCAUCGCCACUUGGUUCCCAAUAUGGGUAUUCGUUGCGUGUGGAUUCGACCACGUGAUCGCGAAUAUGUUCUCCUUACCACUAGGAAUCAUGCUCCAUGCCAAUUUGACUACAGCUUAUUACAUUAAAAAGUCCUUGAUAGCAUCGUACCUCGGAAACAUUGUUGGUGGCCUAUUAGUGGGCCUUCCAGCAGUUUACUUCUACCUUGGUGACUACAAAGCUGGAGGAUUGAGCAAUGCGGAGGAGGGACAGACGGAUCACAAGAAUACCGGGGAUUCGACAUCUUCUGAAGGAAGGUAAAGAGCGGGGUCUCUGGGUCGCGCUCUCUGUACAACUCUUCAAGUUCUUGGUGAAUUACUUUUUGAUUCCCAUUUUGUCGUCACGACUUGUCUAUGAUUACUCCUUAGUAUAGCCCACGUUCGGCUUUGAGCGUACGAUCAUAACCAGUGUUCGUCUCCGGUUCCGGGACCCCCGGUGGACAUCUGGGUCAACUGGCUGAGGACACGAUAUAUCAAAAACCGCAAGGCAAUUAGGAUCGCCGCCGUUUGUGACACUUCAAAUAGACUUGGGUGUACUAUCGUUGUCGGUACUGGUACCCGGGCACUCCCUGUGGAUUGUCAACUGGGAAUACUACCCGCUCA